AUGGCAGAGCUCGAAGCUUCAGCGGAAUUCCGCGCGUCUCACCCCGCGGCAUCGACACCCGACCAGCUCGCUUCAGACGCGCCGCAGCUGCAAGACAUCUCGGAGAGAGUUCCCGGGCUACUAAUAUACACACUCUCCGCAGAGGGCUACGAAGAAGUGCGGACGUUCUUUAACGCGAGCAUGACACAACAACCUCUGGCCAUCAUCCGACCUAGAACAGAAGCCGAGGUCUCUGCGGUUGUUCUUGAGCUGCAUGCUCAGAACAUCCCCUUCGGCAUCAGAAGCGGCGGGCACGACAUGAGUGCUGCCCAGGCCCAAGGAAGAGAAGGGAUCAUCAUCGACUUGAGAGGCCUAGACAGCAUCUCUAUUAACGAAGACAAGAAAUCUGCCCGUAUCGGUGGCGGGGUUUUGGGCAUCAAGCUAUCAAAGUUUCUACAGCAGCACAAACUCCUCACGCCCCAUGGUUGGUGCCAAACUGUAAGCAUUGCUGGCUGGGCUCUAGGCGGAGGCUAUGGCUACACAAGCGCCUUCCACGGAUUGGGCGUAGACCAGGUCCUCGGCGCGCGAGUCGUCCUUGCGAACGGUAAGACUGUGGACACUGAUGACCAUCCGGACCUGAUUUGGGCUCUUCGUGGUGCUGGCAACGGUAACUUUGGCAUUGUUGUCGAGCUCCGAGUCAAGCUAUAUCCCCAGACAGGCUUCCUAGCGGGGUUCCUUGGAUUCCCAAGUGCACAGGCUGGCGAUGUCCUGACUAAGUUCAGCGAGUUCGAGAAAGAGCUGCCGAUCAACUUUACAGGCGAAGCAUCUCACUUGACUCUGCCCGGCGUAGGACCCGUGAUCGCGUGGUUGUUUGUUUGGAUAUCAGAGAACGAUAACCUUGACGACGGAUGGGCAUAUCUGGAGAAGAUGAAGGCUUUGGGCACACCAGUGCUCAACACAGUCUCAGCAGUUGAUGAUUACACGUUCUUCAACACCAUGCCUUCGCCCACCAACACCCACUGGCACCCUCGACUAAGGAUAUUCGAGCACUUCACCCCAGAAGUGGCCAAAGUCUUUCACAACCACCCACCUCCGGGGGCGACCUGUGCAACAGUCAUUCACUACAUGCACGGACGAGCACUCGAACGGAACCCAGGGGCAUGCUACCCGCUGCGCAUAAGACAUCGCAUUGCAGCAGCCUCGGCAGGCGUGAUUGACCCCACGGCGCAGGCAGCAGAGUACGAGGAGUACAAGAAGUGGGCAGACGAUCUGGCGGACGAUCUGUCGAAGCAGGGGCAUGCUUUGCCCUACGGUUACCGCAAUUUGAGUUCGGAGAAGGACAUGAAUUGGGUGGCUACGUAUGGCAAAGAAACCGUGGCUAGGUUGAAGGAGGUCAAGAACAAGUUUGACCCCGCCAACUUCUUCAAGACUGGCUAUCCCCGACUGGAUCUGCUCUAA